GAUAGGAGAAGUGUUAUUUUAUUACUCCUACUUAUUUUACGGAAUUAUUUUAUUGCUUCUUUGGAUAUAGGUCAAAGAUUUAUAAUUUUUCUAUUCACAGGGUUGACUUCAUAUCCAUGGUCUUUUUCCCCCCUUUGUUAAACCCCACCGCCGAUUUGUCACUAUCACUAUCCUUCUUAUAAAACCCCAACCCACAAAACAGUUUCUCAAAACUCAUGAUGGAACCGCCUGAACUCUGGAACGAAGAAAAGCAGAGCGACUACGACGCGCUUAUGCGAGAAUCACUUAUUAUGGAAACCAACGCAGAAAUCGACCUAAAACAGAGAGAACUCGCAUUGCUUCAAAAAUCAAUCGACGAGUUUCGCAUCAAAAGACAAGAAGAAGAACAACGAUUGUUUUCCCUUGAGAGACUCACUGAAGAGCGUUCCAAAGCGAUCGAAUCAAACGAGAGAAAACUCGUUUCCAUUCAACGCCAAUUGAAAUUCUGUUGCCGUGACGUCGACGUUAAAGAGAGGGAAUACGAUGCGAUUCGGAGAAGCGUCGAAGAUAGUAACAGAGAACUCGAAGCGAAAGUUGAGAUACUGAAAUCGAUGGAGAAGAAGAUUGGUGAAUGUGUGAGGACUUUGCAGUGUAAGGAGGAAGAAUGUAACUGGCAGUUGGGAGUUACGCACCGUUUGAUUGCUGAGCGUAAUGAGAUUCACGAGAAAAUGCAGAUGACGAUGGAUGAUUGUGAUAAAGAAUUAGCUGCGAAGGAAUCACAGCUUUGUUUGAUUGAUGAUUUGAUUAAGGAACGGGAGAAAGAGCUUAGGACUAAGGAGAUUGAGAUUCAUAAGAUUCAUAAGGAUUGUAAGUGGAAGGAAGAUGAAAUUAAGAGUCUUUCGAUGAAAAUUGCACAAUGUAAUAAGGAGGUUAGGGCAAAAGAGAAAGCGCUUGAUGCAAUGGAUAAGUUGAUUAAUGGACAAGGUAAGGGACUUGAUUUUAAGAGGAAUGAUUUGUAUAAGACAAUGAGGGAAAAGAUUGAUCAACUUACUCGUGAGGUUGAAUCGAAAAGGAGAGAUUUUGAUUCUUUGAGAAGGUCGACGAAGGAAAGAAACUUUGAGCUUGAUAAGAAGGAGAAAUGGCUUGGAGAUAGGGCGAAGGAGCUUGAGUUGAAGAAGAAGCAAUUUGAAGAGAAAAUGAAGAAUGUUGAGUUGAAAGAGAAGGAAUAUGGGGGACUAGUGAACGACCUUGGAGAUAGGGCGAAGGAGCUUGAGUUGAAGAAGAUGCAAUUUGAAGAGAAAGUGAAGAAUGUUGAGUUGAAAGAGAAGGAAUAUGGGGGACUAGUGAAUGACCUUGGAGAUAGGGCGAAGGAGCUUGAGUUGAAGAAGAUGCAAUUUGAAGAGAAAGUGAAGGAUGUUGAGUUGAAAGAGAAGGAAUAUGGAGGACUAGUGAAGGAUCUCAAGUUGAAGGAGUGGGAAAUUGAAGGAAGAGUGAAUGAGCUUGAAUUAAAGGAGAAUGGAUUUGAAGGAAGAGCCAAGGAAUUGGAGUCAAAUGAGAAGAAAUUUGAAGGACAAGUGCAAGAAUUUGAUUCAAAAGAGAAGCGGUUUGAAGAACAAGUGCAGGAGCUUGAGUUGAAAGAGAAGCGGUUUGAAGAUCAAGUGAAGGAGCUAGAAUCAAAACAGAAGGAGUUGGAAGUCCAAGUGAAGGAACUUGGAUUAAAAGAGAACUUAUUUGUAGAGCGAGUGCACAAGCUUGAGUCUAAAGAAAAAUAUUUUGAGGGGCAGGUGAAGGAGCUUGAAACAAAGCAGAAGGAUUUUGAAGUCCAAUUGAAGGAACUUGAAUCCAAAGAGAAGCAAUUUGUUGGGCAUGUGCAGCAGCUUGACUCAAGAGAGAAGCAUUUUGAUGGGCAGGUGAAGGAUUUUGAAUCAAAAAAGAAGGGUUUUGAAGUCCAACUGAAGGAACUCGAAUCAAAAGAGAAGCAAUUUGUAGGACAAAUUGAGGUGAGUGAGUCAAAUGUGAAGAAGUUUGAAGAACAAGUAAUGAAGCUCGAGUCUAAAGAAAAACAAUAUGAAGAACGUCUGAAGAAGCUUGAAUUAAAAGAAAAGCAGUUUGAAGAAAAAAUGAAGGAUCAUGAGUCCAAGAAGAGACAUUAUGAAGUACGGGUGACGGUGCUUGGGGUAAAAGAAGACCGGUAUAAACAACAAUUGACAGAGCUCAAGGAAAAAGAGAGGAAGUUUGAAGGACAAAUGAAGGAUCUCGAGUCCGAAAAGAAUCGAUAUGAAAAACAAGUGAAAGAGCUCAAGUCAAAGGAGAAGAAGUUUGAAGAAAAAGUGAAGGAGCUUGAUUCAAAGAAAAAGCAAUUUGAAGGGAGAGCCAAGGAAUUUGAGGCGAAAGAGAAGCCAUUUGAAGGACGAUUGCAAAAUCUCAUGUCAAAAGAAAACCAAUGUGAAGGUCAAGUGGAGGAGCUAGAAUCAAAACAGAACGAUUUUGAAGUCCAAUUGAAGGAGCUUGAAUCAAAAGAAAAGCAAUUUGUAGAGCAAGUGAAAGAGCUCGAAUCAAAACAGAAACAUUUGGAUGGGCAAGCCAAGGAACUCGAGUCAGAGAAAAAGAAAUUUGUAGGGCAAGUGCAGGUGCUUGAGUCUAAAGAGAAGCAAUUUGAAGAGCAGGUGAAGGAUCUUGAAUCAAAACAGAAGGUUUAUCAAGUCCAACUGGAGGAACUCGAAGCAAAAAAGAAACAGUAUGUAGGUCAAGUAAAGGAGCAUGAGUUAAAUGAGAAUAAGUUUGAAGCACAAGUGCUGAAGCUCGAGUCCAAAGUAAAACAAUUUGAAGGACAAGUGCAGGAUCUAAACUUAAAAGAGAAACAAAUUGAGAUACAUGUGAAAGACCUAGAAUCUAAAGAGAAGAAGAUUGAAGGACAAAUGAAAGAUCUCGAGUUCAAGAAAAAAGAACAUGAAGUACGAAUGGUGCUGCUUGAGUUAAAUGAAACACGGCUUGUAAGGAAACUCGACGACCUAAAGUCAAAAGAGAAGCAGUUUGAAGCACAAAUGGAGGAUCUUGAGUCCAAAAAGAAUCAAUAUGAAGAAAAAGGAAAGGAGCUCAAGUCAAAAGAGAAGCACAUUGAAGGACAAAUGAAGGAUCUCGAGUCCAAAAGGAAUCAAUAUGCAGAAAAAGCGAAGGAGCUCAAGUCAAAAGAGAAGCACAUUGAAGGACAAAUGAAGGAUCUCGAGUCCAAAAGGAAUCAAUAUGAAGAAAAAGCGAAGGAGCUCAAGUCAAAAGAGAAGCACAUUGAAGGACAAAUGAAAGAUCUUAAGUCCAAAAGGAAUCAAUGUGAAGAACAUGCGAAGGAGCUCGAGUCAAAAGAGGAGCAGGUUGAAGGACAAAUGAAGGAUCUUGAGUCCAAAAGAAAUCAAUAUGCAGGACAAGUGAAGGAGUUUGAGUCAAAUGAGAAGCAGUUCAAACUGCAAGUAAAAGAGCUUAAGACAAAACAUGAUGAGUUUGAAGGAGAACUGAAGGAGCCUGAACUCAAGGAGAAGAAAGAUCAAUCAUUAAAGAAGUCAUUGAAAGAGGAAAAAGUGUUGAAAGAGAAGUCCUGUAUCCUCCAAGAGCAACUGUAUUUUACAGAUGCCAACUAUGUAGACAAUAGCAAACAUUUAGAAUUACUCUUCAAUCUUUUGAAAAAGCAUGAGUUGAUAUGUAGCCAAAUCUCUGAGGCUCUUCGAACAUCAGCCGACCCUACUAAACUGGUGUUAAAUACAAUAAAAGGUUUCUGUCCUCCUCAAUUGAGGCAAGAACAUGUUGAAUGUAAUGCAAAUAUUUUAAGAAGAACAUGUAAUCUUUUGGUGGAUGAACUAAAGAAAUCUUCACCAGUAAUCAGUUUUCAUAUGAAAGAAGAAGCAAUGAAAUUGGCAAGUGACUGGAAGGCAAAUAUUGCUGUACCAGUUAAGGACUGUUUGGAGGUCCUUGAUUUUUUCAAGUUUGUUGCUACUUAUGAGAUUGGUUCAUCUUUCAAUCAAUAUGAACUUCAGAGGCUUCUAUAUGUAAUUGCUCAGAUUUGUCAGGACCCACAAGUCCUUGGUGGUACUGAGAAACUACCAGAUAAUCAACUAAGUCUCACCACCACUGAUGGAAGAAAUUUGCAGUCGCUAUCAGAUGAGUCUGAGUUGAAUGACAAUGAGAUUUUAUUUGAUCUCCAAACAUCAUCAGAUCCAGCAAAACUUGUUUUGGAAAUAAUUCGGAACCCUAUGCUUCCACAUAAUGAUGGUGUAAUUAUUGAUCAGAGCCACAUCUUUUUGUUGGAUCAACUGAUGAGAAUCUCACCACAUAUUAAACCCCAUGUAAGAGAGGAGGCAAUGAAGCUAGCACUUGAAUUGAAAGAGAUCAUGAGAGGAAGUGCUGAGAAUUCUUUGGUGGUUCUGGGUUUUCUACUGCUUUUGUCCAAUUAUAAAUUACUUUCUUACUUUAACGAAGAUGAAGUUUUGAAGCUUGUUGAGGUCGUUGCUCAGCACAAGGAAGCUGUAGAGAUGUUUCGGACACUUGGUUUUGUGGACAAAAUUUCUGAUUUUGUUCAGAAUCUUAUAACAAAGCAACGACAUAUUGAAGCUGUUAGAUUCAUUUGUGCAUAUAAGUUGGCUGACAAGAUCGAACCAGUUAAUCUCUUGAGAGAACAUGUGAAGAAAGCAAAACAGAUUUCCAAAAGAGUCGGCAGAAAAAAAUGCAGUGAAAGAAAGGUUAAGGUAAGAGAAACAGAAAUUGCUAGUCUGAGGGAUAUUCUACAGUGCAUUUCGGAAAACAACCUGGAAUCUCAGGAUCUAGUUAAUGUGAUUGAAGCUCGCAUUUGUGUGCUCAAACUAGAAAACCAGAGGGUAAAUAGUGUUGGCAUUGCAUCAGAGUCUUCCUCCAAAGUUGAAAUGCAACAACCCGAAAAUAAGAAACCCAUCAAUGAAGCAGUCACCAAAAAUCAAGUACGACAACCUAAAGAAAAGGAACACACUAAUGAAGCAGUCUCUAAGGAUCAAGUUGAAGUACAACAACCUGCCCAAAAGAAACCUUCUGAUGUUGCAAACACCAUGAAUGAAGUCAGAGUGCAACAACCUGAAGGAAAACAAAGUGUUACUACUGAAUCAGUCACCAGGAAUCAAGUUGAAGUGCAACAACCUCGAAAAAAGAAACGUGCCAAUGAGGGUGUUGCCGAAAACUAUCAAUCGCAUCAGCGAGGAAACAGCAGCAAGCGUCAUAGGACAGGUAUUAACUGCAUCUUAAACAAGGCCCAGAGGAAAGCUAUCUAGAGAAAGUACGUUGUUCAGCAUGUUGGAAAAAGAUCCUUUGCCCACUAGGUUCCUUGCCUUUAUAUAGGCAAGUUCUUCUAGGGUAGCGGGGCUUUGAUAUAAGGCCAUUAUGUUAAUAACUAACUGGUCUUCACAAAGUCCCCUCCUUUAAGGUUGAUCGGUACAUGGAGGUGCCACGUUCUUUUUCCGUACUUGUAUGUACUAGGCGAGCAAGAAGGUGCCACACAUGCGUCUUGGUACUUGGUCGAACGACUCCUUGGUAGUGUGUUGUUGAUUCCACCUAGUUUGGUUGGCGAUUCCAAUCCACAGUCCACCAAGUGUCAAGCUUGUCAAGGCAUGCGUUUGUCUUCAAGGUAGGUUGACCAGGUCGGCUAUUCUAGUCUAAAGUCCACCAAGUGUCUAGUCUAUUAAGGUGUAUGCGUUUGUCUUCUAGAUAGGCUGGCUGUUCCAAUCCACAAUCCACCAAACGUCAAGUUUGUUAAGACAUAGGUGUUUGUCUUCUCAAUCGACCAUCCAGUGCCCAAUCUUCUAGGUAGGUCGAUUGCCGUAACACAUGGGGGAAUAAAUAACCCACAACUUAACGUUGAUAUCAUUAAAUAGCACUAGCAAGUGGUUGCAACCCUAAUUAAUGUUUUGUCGUUUGUUAUUGGCCAUGGUGUCGGUCUUCAUAAAUUGGAAGCUUGCGCUGAUCGGAGGAGAAGGUGGUAUUGGUUUACCCUUAUGCCUAUAAAAAGGAAGUUUCCCUUCCCUUAUUAUUCUCAUGUUCUCUUCCUUGGAGCAUUAUCAUUCUCUUUUGUUAUGUGAUUAUGGUCUAUGUUUUCAUAUCCAUAUCUUUUGAACAUUUUUGUCUUUUAUUCUAAUGGCUAUAAAAUGUCAAAAAAUCAAAUAUUGAAGUGGA